AUGACUAGCAGUAGUAAUAGCCAAGAGAGAAGGGCUGCUGAAGAUGGUGAAAUAGAAGAUGACGCCCAAGCCCUUGGCAUUCAAGGCCAAAAGGAAAUAUUGAAGCGUCCUCUUCUCAAUCCUGGAGUCUACAUGCCUCCCGCCAAACGCAGGAUGCUUCAGCAACAGCAAAUGGAAGAAGAGGAGCAAGGAGAAGUUUCUGCGGCUUCUUCACUCCAGAAACAAAAAGAAAGUUGGCAAGCACAAAAACGUGUCAUUCAUGGAACCAUCAAUCGUUUGAAUGCGGGCACGAUCAAACCGUUGAUUCAAGAACUCUUUCAACAGGUCAAUUUGGUGCGAUUGCGGGGCGUCCUCUGCAAGAACAUACUGCACGCUGCUGUGACUUCUCCAAAAUUUUCCAAUGUCUAUGCGGCCGUCGUGUCUGUCGUCAAUACGAAAUUACCAGAGGUUGGAGAGUUGGUCAUCAAGCGAUCCAUCUUGGCCUUUCGGCGCUACUACAAGCGUCGUGAAAGAGCCUCGUGUCAAGCCAUUUGCAUUUUUUUGGCGCAUCUCUUUCAUCAAGCAGUCGUGCAUGAGCUCAUUGUAUUGCAACUCUUGAGUGUCUUGUUGGACGGAGAGCCUACGGACGAUUCUGUGGAAGUGGCCAUUCAAUUGUUGCAAGUAACGGGACAAGCUUUGUUGGAAGUCAGUCCGGCUGGAGUGCGAGCGUGUAUCGAACGACUUCGAGCAUUACUUCAUGAAGGCAAUCUCAACAAGAGAGUCGAAUACAAAAUGGAGCAGCUCUUGAAACAGCGCAAGAAUGGCUUCAAGGAGUUUCCACCAGUCAUUGAUGAACUCGAUUUGGUGGAACGAGACGAUCAAAUCACGCACGAAAUUGAACUUGACGACGAAGAUAUUAAAAAGGAGGAAUCAUUGGAUAUCUUUUCCUUUGACAAUAACUUUGAAGAAUCCACGAACGAGUGGAAUGCCAUUCGGGCCGAAAUUCUUGGGGAAGGGGACAGUAGUGAUGACGAUUCAGACGAUGAUUCGGAUGAUAAUAAUGAUGAUGAUUCUGACGACGACAGUAGCAAGAGCGAUUCUAGUGCAAGCGAGGUGGAAGAUCAAGCGAUACCAGAAACACCCUCGCAAAAAAUGCAACAACCCAUUCAAGAUCUCACAGAAGCCGAUCUGGUGCAUCUAAGACGAACCAUCUACUUGACCAUCAUGUCUAGUGCCACCUUUGAAGAAUGUGCUCACAAGCUUGCUAAAAUCGAAAUUCCACCGGGUCGCGAGUCGGAGCUCAUUAACAUGUUGAUUGAAUGUUGUUCUCAGGAGAGAACCUUUUUGCGGUACUAUGGAUUGAUUGCAGCUCGAUUCUGUUUACUGGAUGAUCGCUGGAAGGAUGCAUUCAUGGUUUCGUUUGGGGAACAGUACACAACGAUUCAUCGCUUGGAAACAAACAAAUUGCGAAAUGUUGCCAAGCUAUACGCUCAUUUGUUGCACACGGACUCGAUGCCAUGGAGUGUGUUGUCCAAUGUCCAUUUGAACGAGGACGAAACAACAUCUUCGUCUCGUAUCUUUCUCAAGAUUGUGGUCCAGGAGAUGGCAGAAGCCAUGGGUAUUUCCAAAUUGAAGAAGAGAUUCGAAGUAGAAGAUGCCGAGUACCAAGAAUGGUAUGCUGGAAUGUUUCCAAAAGACAAUGUUCGGAAUACGCGCUAUGCCAUCAACUUUUUCACGUCGAUUGGUUUGGGUCCUUUGACCGACGACCUACGCGAGUUCUUGAAGAAUGCACCCAAGCUUCUCAUGCAAAAGGCCAAGGAAGCUGCGUUGGCCAAGAAAACAGACGAUUCCGACUCUGACUCCAGUUCGUCGUCAUCGUCCUCUUCUUCCUCCUCGUCGACUUCCAGUAGUUCCUCCAGUGGCUCUUUUUCAUCCAGUUCGAGAAGUUAUUCCAGCACGAGCUCGUAUUCCUCGGCAUCACGGCGUAAGCGAUCCUCGCGGCGCAGAAGAAGGUACUCUAGUUCUUCUCGCAGCUCUAGCUCUGGAAGCUCCAGUUCAAGAUCGGAUUCUCCGAGUCGCAAACGUGGAUCUCGCAGCAAACGAAAGGUCAGUCGCUCACGAUCUGUUUCGCCACCGAAGGAGAUUGUACGAGCCGAAAUUUCUGGCGACAAAUCCAAGCGUGAUGACAAGGGAAACAAUCGCGAUCGAUCGCCUUCUCCACUUCGAGAUGAAGUGGGUCGAAGUGGCAAGCUCAAUAAUCGAGACUCUCCCAGAAAAGGACGCAGCCGUAAGGACCGAUCUGUUUCCUCAUCGCGGAGCCGUGAUGGCAAUAGACAAAGCCGAAAACGCCGUUCUCCUUCAGAAAAUUCGAAAUCGUCGGAACCAAAGGAAUCUAAGGGGGACAAACGAAGUCGAAGAAAGCGUUAUUCCUCAUCCCGGUCUCGCUCUUACUCCCGUUCCAGGUCUCGAUCUAGGAACUAA